GUUAAAAUUUUUGUCAUUGGUAAGAAUUUUUACACGUGAUGUCAAAACACAAGAAAAAAAUAAAGUAUUUGAUCUUAAAUCACGAUUGCACAUUGCAUUAGUCAAAAAAAUUUGUAACGUGUAUGGCAGAUGCUGUCAUUGUGCUUAUAGUAUCAGUCUGAUCAGCUAAGGUUUUGCGUGGCUGUAAUGAAUAUUUUACAAUCAGUUAUACGAGGGUAUAAAUAUUCAUGAAAAAAUAUGGCAUUCAUUGAUACAGAAAAUGAUCAGCCGUCCUCGAACAAGCCCCUGGACGAGCUGGAGGUGGAGGUGGCCCAGGACGGAGCGGUGGUGCGCGUCAAGGCUCUGGACCCGGCGUGGUGCGAGGACAGGACCUACCUGCCGUACGCCUACCCGCCGGGCCAAGCGGGGGACGGGGGCGUGGACCCGGGCGCGAAGCAGGACUGGCUGAGCACCAUGGGGCUGUACCUUGAGGACCUCCGCUGGCUGCUGUGCCUGCCCCAGCACAGGUUCUGGUCGAACAUGGUGUUCAAGCCGGAGUGCGUGGAGACGGUGCUGUCCUUCCUGCAGGACGCCCCUCCCUUCUACGUCUUGGAGGAGUUCCCCGGCGACCAGGACAUGCGCUUCCUGUACCAGCAGGUGUACCACCACGUGUUCCUGGUGGUGAGCAGGCUGGCCACCUGCCGGGAGUCCCAGGCGGAGUACAUGUCGCUGCAGACGCUCGGCGACCUGGUCUACGACAACUACCUGUUCACGGUGCCCAUGAUGAUGGACGUGUGCUUGCUGUACGGGCGCACGCGCAGGUCCCAGCUGCAUGGCAUCAUCGGGACCGUCUUCAGCGCGCAGCCCAACUACCAGGAGGACGUGAGGAAGUCCGUCGGCUCCGUCGCGAAGUCGAUGAGCUACGUGGAGAAGCAGUUUGCGGGCGCGGUGUCGGCGGAGCCGGUGAAGCUGUCGUCCAAGGGCCCGCGGGGGGACGUGUCCGCCCGGGAGCUGAGGGACAUGGUCCUGCACGUGCUGGACCUGGCGGCCACGCUCAGCUCCUUCCUGGACGUCUGCGCGCCCGCCCGCCGCGUCUUCCACCAGCAGAUGUUCUGCCUGAGGAUUGUGAACCUGUACGAGAACACGCUGCCCGAGAUGUACUCGCGGCUGGAGGUGCUGCUGAACAAGGAGGGGGCGGAGACCCUGUACGCGGACACCCGGCACAAGCUGGACCUGGCGAGGGUGGAGCUGCUGGCGGCCUUCAGGCACAUCCUCGCCCACCCGCUGCACUGCGCCCUCGACGCCGCGUCGAAGGGCGGCGCGGCGACCGUGAAGAGGCACGUGGACGACUACUGCUCCGUGCUGCAGGAGUGCUUGUCGGAGAAGGUGUUCAUGCGCGACUACCACUCGGCCCACCCCGUGGACGUGGACCUGCAGCUGCUGGCCAGCGUGUCGCCCGACGUAGAAGACAAGCGACAUUACCUCAUGGAGUCAGUGCUGCUGAGUUUCGACCCGCCUGAACUGAAGCCGCCUCGCCCGGCGCCCACGGCUCUUCACCUCCCCGCGCUCGCAGAGAAUUCAGAUGGCUUCUCGGCGAAGCAUCCCGCUGCCAAAGUGACAGGAGACCGGUUGGAGUCCCUCAUUGCGGAAGUCAAGGACAUCUUGCCACACUUGGGAGACGGGUUUGUGCAGCGCUGCCUGGAGCACUACGGCCACGCCAGCGAGGCCGUGGUCAACGCCGUGCUGGAGGGAGCGCUGCCCCCGUCGCUGUCGUCGCUGGACAACGCCAUGCCCAGGAUACCGCCAGACCUCCAGUUGGAGGUUGCAAACGGCGUUGUCGAGAGAAGCAACGUGUUCGACAAUGACGAGUUUGACAUAAUGACCCAAGACAAUGUGGAUACGUCCAGAAUACAUAAAGGAAAGAGGAAGAGCAAGCACAGGGACUUGAGCCAGAUGCUGAACGACAAGUCCGCGUUGUCGGAGAUCAGGGACAGGUACAUCCCUCUGGGCUACGUGGACACCGACGAGAGACUGUACGACGACGAAUACGACGACACGUACGACCAUCUGGACGUGUCCAUCGACGAGCCAGGCGGAGAACCAGACAGGCGCCCGCUCGUGGUGCCCCGCGUGCUGCGCCCCAGGGAGGAAGACAGCUCCGGGCCGGAGGACCGGGACGACGGGGACGGCGAGGAGGAGGGAGGGGCCCCGGCGGAGCGGCGGGACCAGUUCGUGGAGAACCCCGAGGCGGUGCGGGCGCGGGCCGAGCAGCAGCGCCAGGCCCGGUUCGGCCGGGGGCGGGGCAGGGGCCAGGCCGCCGCUCCGCCCCCGCGGGAUGUCGUCGGUGGGCCCAAGGGCCAGGGCCAAUCCAAGGAUGUCCUCCACAACCGCCAGAAGAAGACCACCAACAAGUCCUCGCGGUCCAACCACAACCGCAAGUCCGGGGCGCAGUGGAAGCGAUCCAAGGCCAUGGUCCCGUCGUGAGACCUGCGCGAGUGCUUGUGGGCUCGCAUCGCACCCGCCGGAGGCUGGCUGAUUACUCUUGUAAUUUGUACUGUGAUAAAAAGUGUGAAAGCAUCAUGUUCUGGUGUGUUUAUGUGUGUGUGUAUUUUGCAAGCCGAGUGUUCAGUUAAACAACAUAUUUAUUAAUUUUUGUUUUUAAUACGAACUGCCAGGAAAAGCGACCCUCUCGAAGCAACAAUUUUUUUUUUUUGGGGGGGGGGGGACUGAAAAUAAAAUUAGGAAAAGAGUUAAAAAUUGAAAGGAUGUGGGCAGAACAGGGUGCUACGUGGUGUGAUUCCCUUCACAAGAGCACCGUACCGACUGCCAGCGCACGUCAUGUACACAAGGUUGUUGGUCGUCAGAAGCACUGCGGCCACACCCUGCCAAUUGCGGUGCAACAAAAUUUUCUCUACCGAAUUUUUAAAAAAUUUUAAUGGAAUGUGUGGUGUUAUUGGAUUACGAUUUGCCUUUGGGGUUCCGAAAUCUCGGGCGCACUCGGUAAAAAAGUGCCGUGGUCGUCAUCUGCGAGCUUGUGUCAGUGGACACGCGCUAAAACUAGGUCCCUGGUGAACUGGCGUUAUUUUGUAAAUUAGCUUCGACAAAUGCAGUGCAUUGACCUUUAGUUUUUGCUGGAAGUGUGAACUUGGUUUCAGCAACAUUUAUACACCAAGAAUACAAACUUGGAACAAUAAAUAUUUUUUUGUGUUCUAAAUUACCUGUUUGGAUGUAAACUAGUACAUUUUUGUCACUCAUGCCAGAAUUUACUUUCAACAUUCACUGAAAACUUCACGACUGCUAAUUGCAGUUUUUUUUUUCUUUCACAUACCUGUAAUCUAGUGGUUUUCAUAUUUUAAUUUGAGCCACAUUAAAAAAUCCUCCAAAUAAUUGUAGGUGCGCCUUGUACAUAUUUCUGAGGAAUAUGUUACAAUAACAGACCUGCCAAUCCUCCUGAUUUUGGCAGAAGACUCGUGAUUUUUGGUGUUACCUCCUGCCUCCCAGAUUCCUUGUGAAAUUAUCCCAAUUUUGAACUGGAUGUUAAAAAAAUACAUUUCCUUUUCUGAUUGCUGGUAUUUUAUCUUGUUUCUGCGACUAACAAAUGUUCAAUACUUAUAAUAAUCAAUAGUUAAAAUAAAUCUCAUUGAACCGCUA